AUGGACCUUAACAUGCCAGGAAGGACUGCUUGUCAAACGGGACUGAUGAAAAACACAAUAAUGGUUGGUGUAGGUCAAGAGAUUGUCUGUUAUGAGGCUCCGCGGCCAUCUAUGGGAAUCCAUCGAUUCGUAUUCGUGUUGUUCCGGCAGUUGGGUCGGCAGACAGUGUAUGCUCCUGGGUGGCGUCAGAAUUUUAACACAAGGGACUUUGCUGAGCUUUACAAUCUUGGCUUGCCAGUCGCCGCUGUGUAUUUUAACUGCCAGAGGGAGAGCGGCUCAGGAGGGCGACGACGAUAA